AUGAACGGCACAAUAGUAACACCAGAAGAGUUUCACGAUGCUCUCAAGCAAAAUGUCACUGACAGUUGGGAUAUGAUGGUGGCUUAUGCUCAAGAUCCCCUCAAUCGAUCCCUUUCAAAAGUUUGGGAUAAGAAGGGGGAGUUCACCAAGAUUCAAUUCAGCAUCCGCAAUACAUAUGAUGUUAUUGUAAUUGACCAGGAUUUUGUCGUUGAUCUCGGAGCUCCUUCGUUGCAGUUCAACAUUACUGCGGAUAUCCCAAUCGCUGUUCUCACUUUGACGGUGAAUGGUACCAUUACCACGAGUAUUUCUGAAGAAAAGCAUCCAGGGACACCAAAAACUAUUCCAAAGGACAUCUAUCAAUUACAGGUCACUGUACCAAUUGUUGGAAUCACCGGAAACCAAGUUUGGGAUGAGGGUCAUGUCAUAAAAUUCGAGGAGGAGGAUGACGAUAAAGCCUGUCAUCUUAUUUUCCAUUUCCAGAAUUCUCAGACCACAUGGGACAUGCUAGGACAUUCUUCAAGCUCUCUUAACGAUGACACUGUCGACAAAUCAAUGCAACAAUCCUUGGACAGCAUCAAAAUUCACUUCAAAAACAAACAAAAUACCGACUGGAUCGACUAUAAGGUAGCAGAGGUGACUAACAAAAAACAUCCCACUGCUGCCAACGGGGAGCUACUUUGCCCCAAGUCCUUUACGAUGUCGUCUCAGAAGGGGUUUUUGCUAGUUUCUAUCACGACAGUUGGAACAGAUGGUAAUGAGAAUCCUCGUUUCAAUACAAAAGGUACAAAAACUAUUGCGCUGAUAUUCAAAGACUACGAAGCGAACGAGCAAAUGGGAAUGGAGCUUGUACGGAAUGUCGUUGAAGUUUAUGCCGACCAAGUAUUCAAAGACGAUGCGUAUGAAGAAUUCAUGGGUGCAAUCGUAGAUCAUCUUCUCACUGUACACGACAAAGAUGCUGCCCUUCGAGAAGGCAAAUUGAUUGCUUUAAGAGUCAAAAAGCUAACAGAAACAACUACAAAUCUUCAGGCGGAACAACUAAAUACCCAGCAGGAGUUGAGAAGGGAAAGAGCAAAGGCACAGGAAGAGCAUUGGACGCAGAAGGAUAUUGAUAAGAUGGAGGCGAAAUAUAAGACGGAAGUUGAGGACAAUAUGAACAAGCAAACUGACGCUGAUACGGAACGAUCUGAACAACAAUUGGAAGGCAGAAAGAGUGAUGAGAAGGCUGAAGAACUCUUGGAAGAGGCGGAUAAGAAGAAAAGGGAAAAGGAAAAGGAAAAGGAAAAGGCGGAAAAGAACUUUUGGGAAGAUAAAUAG